GAUGAUUUUUUAAUCUAUGCAAAUGAGUGAUAACAUACCAGCAGUGAUCAGGAGAGCAUGUGAAUCCGUGGAAAAAAGGCAUUAAUGAUGAUGCAUGUGUAGUCAGAAAUCGGCUUUAUUAUAGAGAUGCACUGUGGGCUUUAUACGGAGUGUGUGGAAUAGCUGUAGUCUGGGCGGGAGAGUGGGGGUGUAGCCUGUGAGCCUAUGGUAAUGAGACACAGAGGGAGAGAGAGGGAGGGAGAGAGAGAGAGACGCGGGUGGACAGUGUGAUGCUGUGCGUUAUCUAGAGGCUAAAUGAGGGUUGUCUUUCCCAGUCCAGGCAGCAGGGCUUCUCCACCCUUCCAGCGAGGAUCUCUAAUUUACACGACACCAGCAGGGCGCCUGUCGGAUCUCCAUUGGACUCUGCGCUGAAUCUCCCACAGCGGUGCUGCUGCUUCUGCUGCUCCAUCAUCACCAAACCCUCACCGCCAAAGCAGGAGAAGCAGCUCUGAUUUGCGUGCCAUGUGCAGAACGACAUGUAUGUGUGAUUUCACGCGGUGACACGAGCGGACGGGAAUGGACCAGUUGUCAUCAAAUUCCUGCAGACGCACCGACGGUGAUACAUUGAAGGCUGUCGUGUAGAGAGAGAAGACCUUCAUACGCAGCAGCAGCCAGUCCGAGAGAUACGUGUGUUUUUUUUUUAUUGGCAGUGAGGAGGAAUCGUUCAUCAGGGUUCGGCUUCCAUGUCAACCUUAACAAUGGGGGAGCAGCCCAUCUACAGCACGAGGGCCCACGUCUUCCAGAUUGACCCCAACACCAAGAAGAACUGGCUGCCCACCAGCAAGCAUGCCGUCACUGUCUCCUACUUCUAUGACAGUACGCGCAAUGUCUACCGCAUCAUCAGCCUGGAUGGCACCAAGGCAAUAAUCAACAGCACCAUCAGUCCCAACAUGACGUUCACAAAGACCUCACAGAAGUUUGGCCAGUGGGCGGACAGUCGAGCCAACACCGUCUACGGCCUGGGAUUCUCCACUGAGCAUCAUCUAGCCAAGUUUGCAGAGAAGUUUGCGGAGUAUAAAGAAGCAGCACGGCUCGCUAAAGAGAAGAGUCAAGAGAAGAUGGAGAUGGCCACGUCUCCUUCUCAGGAGUCUCCAGGAGGUGAGCUCUCGUCGCCUUUGACCCCGGUGACUCCCCCCAUGGAAAACAUCAAUGGCACAGAUGACAUCUGUGACACGACUCCCAACUCAGACAGCCGUCCAGAGCCGUCGCAGAACGCACUGGCCUUCGCACACAGCCCCGCCAUGACAAAACACUGGGAGGCUGAGCUGGAAGCGCUAAAGGGGAACAAUGCCAAGCUAACGGCAGCUCUGCUGGAGUCCACAGCCAACGUCAAACAGUGGAAACAACAACUGGCUGCCUACCAGGAGGAGGCCGAGAGACUACACAAACGGGUGACCGAGCUCGAGUGCCAGAGCAACCAGACCCCAGUGAUCAAAUCCCAGAAGACUGAACUAAACCAAACCAUAGAGGAACUGGAGAACACGCUAAGGGAUAAAGAAGAGGAAAUGGAGAAGUUGAAAGAGGAAUUGGAAAACAUGAAUGACCUGAUGGAGCAGAAAGACACUCUUACCCAGAAACUUGAGGAGACGGAGCUGCGCAGUCGGGUGCUGGAGGAGCAGCUAGCGGGGGCCGAGCAGCGGCUGGAGGAGAACCAGGAGGAGCAGGAGAAUUUCAGAAAGAGCCUGCGGACGCUGCUGGAGCUGCUGGACGGCAAAAUCUUUGAGCUGACGGAGCUCAGAGACACCUUGGCUCGGCUCAUAGAGGAGGCCAGCUAGAGACGGAGCUGCCUAAUCUUCACAGACAGAGCCAUAUGAUAAUUUACACCCCCAGCUCACCCACACCCAUUCUACCCACCUUCCUCCCACACACCACACACACACACACACACACACACACACACACACA